CGCGAGAGCCCGGCGGGUUUCACUCGAAUUGAUUUCACGGAAUCUGAUAUGACAAGGCAAAAAGGGAGGGUAGGGGGAGAGGGGAGAGGGGAGAGGGAGAGGCGUUUUGUACCCGGGGCGUUUUUUGGCCCUCACUGAUGCUGUACUCCUCCUCCUCCCCACCCCGUCUGUCUCUCUCUCUCACUUUUCACAAAUCCCCCAACUCUAUCUAUCCUUUUCCUCUUCUCUGGUCCUUUUCUUCCGCGAGCUUUUUUAUCCGCCGACGCCGCCGCCCGCCCGCCGCCCUCCCCCUGCCCUGCGUUCUCCUCGCCUCCCUUUGCGUUCUCACAUCUCCCCUUGCCCCCCCCCCCCCUUUUCAAGGUGUCUAUCAAAAAUCCC